GUCAAGCAGCAAGAGCGGAAAGAUCUCCAUUCUCUUCCUCCUCGAACGCCUCGUCCUCCAUCUCCUCCACUCUGAUCAUGGCAUCCAAGGCCCAAGGAUCCUCCUUUAUGAAGGCCCUAGUUGUUGAGGACACCACAGUUCAAAGGAUGGUCCUCUCGGCAAAGUUGCGUAAUUUUCAAUGUGAGAUUACUCUCGCCGUGAAUGGAAAAGAAGCAGUUGACCUAUUCCUUGAGGGGAAGAAGUUUGACAUUAUUUUUUGUGAUAAGGACAUGCCCAUCAUGACUAGUCCUGAGGCAGUUGUAAAGAUUCGUGCUAUGGGGGAAACUGAUGUGAAGAUUGUUGGGAUGUCAGCUGAUGACGAUGCCAUGGAGGUGUUCAUAAGUGCUGCUGCUGAUGUUUUUGUGCCCAAACCAAUCAAGGUUUAGGAUCUCAAGUCUAUAAUUAAGGAAGUCAUGAACAAGAAGAAGAACACCAUGGUCUAGCACAAUCCAACUUCCUUGAGUGAUGGAGGAAAUGUUUUUCUGCUCCUGGAACUAUGUUUUCUUAUGUAUGCAUUGUCGUGUUGUUUAGUUUCAUUGUGUUGUAUCAUUUUGAAAGAUUAAUGUUAAAGUUCGUUCGUU